AUGAAAAAAGAUGAACCGCCCAAAAAGGACACAAAAACUUCGGCCAAGCAGCCUCAAAAAACCCAGAAGAAGAAAGAAGGAUCUGGCGGUGGCAAAGCCAAAAAGAAGAAGUGGUCCAAAGGCAAAGUACGUGACAAGCUUAACAACCAGGUGUUGUUUGAUAAGCCUACAUAUGAGAAGCUUUACAAGGAAGUACCACAGUACAAGCUAAUCACACCCGCCGUUGUCUCUGAAAGGCUAAAGGUGCGAGGCUCCUUAGCCAGGAGGGCACUAAUCGAACUCAGAGAUAAAGGUCUAAUUAAACAGGUUGUUCAACAUCAUGGACAAGUGAUAUACACCAGAGCGACAAAGGGUGACGAUCCAGUUGCUUAGAUUAUGUAUAAGAUUAAAUAAACACAAAAAAAUCUA